AUGAUCAAGUUGAGGUCAAAGAGGUUUGGUAGAAGCAGUUCCAAGCUUAAAGCAGCAUCCUCAGCAGACAAAGAUUGUAGAAAUUUUAGUGAAAUCAAAUGGGAACUUAGGCCUGGUGGCAUGCUUGUUCAAAAAAGGGAAAGCAACCAAAGUGAAGGGGAGGGAAUGAUCACAGUUAGAGUCUCAACUGUGUCACAAUGGCAUGACAUUUCUAUUGAAGCAACUUCAACUUUUGGUGAAUUAAAAAUGAUUCUAUCACUAGUAACAAGUAUGGAGCCAAGAGAGCAGAGGCUUCUCUUCAGAGGUAAAGAGAAAGAUGACAAUGAAUUUCUACACAUGGUUGGGGUUAGAGACAAGGACAAGGUUUUGUUGCUAGAGGAUCCAGCUAUCAAGGAGAAGAAGAAGCUUCUUGGCUUGGCAAGAAACCAACCCAUUAACAAUCCUUGUUGUACAACCAUCAGUGUAUGA